GAUCGACUGAGGAUAACUGUCACCCACACACCCACCGGGACAGCGGUCCCCCAUCGGGUGGAGCCAGCCACGCCCAGCCAGCUCCGCCUCUCGUUCACCGCCUGUCAGACGGGGACUUACUCACUCCACAUCAGGCUCAAUGGGCGGAGUCUCGCUGGGUCCCCUGUCAACAGAACAUUUCUUCCAUACAGAGGAAGAGGGAGCUGGGUGUUGUUGAGUGCGUUAAGGUUCCUCCUUCAACCACCUCCCCAGCAGCAACAGAGAGGGGGCGGGGCCACUCUAGGCCACACCCCAUAUGACCAACAGGGCCAGACUCUGGAAUGCGAUCCCGGGAGGUGUCGGCUGGAAUGGAACCAGGACGACGGAGCUCCAGUGGGCGGGGCAUCUGUA